UUCUCUUUCCUCUCUGGAAAGGACUGAGGAGGUGGACCCAAACUGUGAAGUUUCACUAGGGUUUGUCUUGUCUUUACUUGAAUCCAAAGCUCUUAUAUAUGCCAAUGGAAAAAGAAGAGAACUACUCGGCCCCCUUUCAUGGAACUUCUUCUGGUCUAGACUAUUCUAUGGAGCAUCAUCAUCAUCAACAGCAGCUCAUGAGGCCACGACUCGGUGAAACGCCCGGUGAUAACAGCAAUCAAGUGGUGGAUUACAUGCUCAAUAAUGCUCCGCAACAACAAUUCUCUUCUGGGUUCUGUAACUCAACCUCGCUUGAUAAGUUGAGCUUUGCAGAUGUAAUGCAAUUUGCAGAUUUUGGACCCAAGUUGGCCUUGAAUCAAACCCGAAAUUCGGAGGAAGAAACUGGGAUUGAUCCAGUUUCUUUCCUUAAAUUUUCUGUUUUGAAUGAGAAGUUGCAGGAUGAUCAGUCUCUAAUGGGUUCUCUUCCACAAGAAGUUGAAGACAAUGAAGGUAGAUUUAAAGGAGUUAAUGAGGAAGGUAAGGGAAGAUUAAUUGUGGAAGAAGGUGAUGAGAAAGAAAAUGAAGCUAGGGGUGGUUCAGAGAAUACCUCUGUGCAACUUCAGUUUCUUGGGGAAAAUGUUCAGAAGAGUCCUGUUACAGAAGCAAAGAACAAGAGAAAGAGACCAAGAACCCUAAAAACAAGUGAGGAAGUAGAGAGCCAGAGGAUGACUCACAUUGCGGUUGAAAGAAAUCGACGGAAGCAAAUGAAUGAGCAUCUACGUGUUUUGAGGUCUCUUAUGCCGGGCUCAUACGUCCAAAGGGGAGAUCAAGCAUCCAUUAUAGGUGGAGCCAUUGAGUUCGUAAGAGAACUAGAGCAACUCCUUCAAUGCCUUGAAUCCCAGAAGCGCAGGAGACUCUGUGGUGACGCUCCACGACCUAUCGGAGAUUCAUCUCUGCCAAUCCAACAGCCUCAGACACCAUUCUUUCCUCCUGUUCCAAUCCCAAAUGAUCAGAUCAAGCUUGUUGAGUAUGAAACCGGACUGCGAGAGGAAACAGCCGAGAGCAAGUCAUGCUUGGCCGAUGUCGAAGUGAAGCUUUUAGGGUUUGAUGCACUGAUCAAGAUCCUUUGUAGAAGAAUGCCUGGACAGCUCAUUAAGACCAUAGCUGCACUUGAAGAUUUGCAGCUCAAUAUUCUUCACACCAACAUAACCACAAUUGAACAGACUGUUCUGUAUUCCUUCAAUGUCAAGGUUGCUGGGGAGAUGCAGUUCACGGCAGAAGAUAUAGCGAAUUCAGUUCAACAGAUAUUUAGUUUCAUACAUGCAAAUAGCAGCAUGUAAUUCUAGGUGACAGAAAACUCUAUGUAUGUUUCUUCUUCAGAUUCUUUUACUGUCUUUUUCUGUACUUUUUCUUUGUGGGGUUUUUUUUUACAAACAAAUGCAUGC